AUGUGGUGUACCUAUGGAAAGCCUGCUCAAGGGAAAAUAGAUAUUACUUUUAUCACAUUGUUGCAGUAUGAAAUGCAGGAUUUCUCAGAUUCUUCUGAGAUGAGGAAGCAACAGAGCUGGACAGACAAAAAUGGUUGUGCUGAAUUUACAGUAAAGACAAAGGCUCUGGAAUUAAAUGAAUCUGACAACUACAUAAUUGUGAUAGGAGAAAUGGAGGAAAUUGGAACAGGAGCACAGACUAAAGAUUUUUCUGGAAUUUCUAUUGUGACAAGAAUGAAAUCUAUAGAGUUUAUCAAUCUCCAACCAUUCUACAAACAUGGACUACCAUACACAGGGCAGGGCACCUACUACCUUGAAAAUUACACCAUGGACAAUUUUGAGCAGAACUCAGGGACUGGGGAGAGCUUCCACUGGCUGAAACCUUUCUACUCUGAGAGCAACAGCUUCCUUGAGAUCAAGGCCAGGAAUGAUGUGAUGCCCUCUGAUCAAGAGCAGAAUGUGCAAGUGGACUAUAUCCUUAAUCAGAAUAAACUCAGCUCUGGAACAGACCACAUUGAUUUCUACUAUCUAGUGAUAGCCAAAGGCAGGAUCCUUUUCAGUGGAAAGAAGCAGGUGCCAAUCCCGCAGCAUGAGAAUCUGCAUGGUUCCUUCUCAUUAACUCUAACUAUUGGCAAUGGCUUCCUGCCUGACAUCAAGCUUCUAGUGUACACACUCUUCUUGGAUGGACAAGUAGUGGCUGAUGUGGAAGAGUUUCAAGUAGCCAAGUGCUUUAGACACAAGGUGGAAUUGGACUUCUCAAGCAAGCAGGAAGUCCCAGGGUCAAAAGUCAGUCUGAAUCCCGAAGCUGCUCCAGGAUCCCUUUGCUCUGUCCAAUCUGUUGACAAAAGCGUCCUCCUGAUGGAGAACAAUACUCUAACAGCAGACACAUUAUAUAAGAAGGUUUUUGAUGACAGUUUUACAAUUGGAGGACGAGGGUUCCCUUAUCACCUGGAAGACUUUGAUGCAUACCCUUGUCUGCCCCAGCAAUCCAGUCUCAUUAAAAAGACUCAGAUGGGAGCACCAUGUUCAUGCCAGUCUUAUACCUCAGAUGAUGCAAAGAAGCCCAAACCACGGACACAUUUUCCAGAAACUUGGAUUUGGGAUUUAGUCUCUGUCAGUGGUGAAGGUCAAGCAUCUCUCCAAGUUACUGUACCUGACACUAUUACAGAAUGGAAUGCUAAUGUCUUCUGUGUUGCUGAUAGUGGCUUUGGGAUUUCUCAUUCAGCUACACUUAGGGUCUUCCAGCCUUUCUUUGUAGACCUGUUUCUGCCAUACUCUGUGAUACAAGGAGAGAUUUUCAGCCUGAAAGCCACUGUCUUCAACUACCUCGAGGACUGUAUCCAAGUGCACACCACCCUCAUAGAGGCUCCAGAACUAAAGGUGGAUGCCUGUCCAGGCUGCCAGUUCACCAGCUGCCUCUGUGCCAGUGAAGCAAAAAUCUUUGCGUGGAAUGUGACACCCACUAGACUGGGCAAAGUGAAUAUCACUGUGAGCAGUGUGGCAGAAGAUUCGCAUAAUCUGUGUGAUAACAGGGUUGCUGUGACACCAUUGCAAGGAAAGACAGACACAGUGAUAAAACCUUUGAUUAUGAAGCCAGGAGGCAUUCUGCAAGAGAAGACCCAAAAUGCCUUUCUCUGUGCAACAGAUAACACAGUCUCGGAAGAAUUCUCCCUGACCCUGCCUGCAGAAACACUGGAGGGAUCUGGCAGAGCCACUUUCUCUGUGAUUGGGGAUAUCAUGGGCCCAGCACUUCAAAAUUUAGAUCAGCUGCUUAAGAUGCCAUUUGGCUGUGAUGAACAGACCAUGGUUCAGUUUGCACCAAACAUCUUCAUACUCCAGUACUUGAAGAAGACUAAACAAUUGGACCCAGAAAUUGAAGUUAUGGCACUCUACUGCCUGAGAACUGGUUAUCAGCUUCAGCUGCUCUACAAACAUGAUGAUGGCUCCUACAGUGCCUUUGGGAAGUCUGACACCCAGGGCAACACAUGGCUGACAGCUUUUGUGGCCAGGUCCUUUGGGCAGGCCAGCUCUUACAUUUACAUCAGCAAAGAUCAUGUGCAGGAUGCUGUCCUCUGGCUGCAGAAGCAUCAGUUACCCAAUGGUUGCUUUCAGAGUGUGGGGAAGCUCUUCAAUAAUGACUUGAAGGGUGGUGUGGAUGAUACACUCUCACUAACAGCCUAUAUAGCUGCUGCCCUUCUGGACCUCCAAUUGGAGAAGAAUGAUAUAAUGCUGAAUAAUGCCUUACGUUGUCUUAAGAAUGUUACAUUUGAUGAGACCAGCCUUUAUGUCAAGGCCUUGAUGGCUUAUGUAUUCACACUGACCAAGGAUGUGGAGAUGAGACAGGAGCUUCUGGAUAAGUUAGAGAAAGAAACUGCAGAACAUCUGACAUCAGAUUCCAGUAGUGAAGAAUCUUCCUCUAUGAUUGAGAUAGUAGCCUAUGUCCUUCUGGCUCAUGUUUCCAAACCAGAUUUUGCCAUCAAUGAAAGUGCAGUCAGCAGGCUUGUGCACUGGCUCAGUAAACAAAGAAAUGCUCUUGGGGGAUUUGCUUCCACACAGGAUACGGUUGUUAGCCUGCAGGCCCUGGCUCAAUAUGCAGCCCUGAUUCCUCAUGCGGUCAGAGAUGUAAAGGUGACAGUGAAAGGCAAAGAGGCUUCUCCACUAGAGUUCCAUGUGCACGAAAAUAAUAAACUAGUCUUGCAUCAAGCACCUCUCCUUGAAGUCCCAGGGAUGUACACAGUACAAGCAACUGGCAGUGGGUGUGUAUACAUACAGAGCACUCUCUACUAUAACACCCCGCCACCAAAAACUGAAGUUGUCUUUCCCCCUGGAUGUGGAAACAGUAACACAAGAAUGUGAUGGUGUCAGGAAACAGUUUGACAUCCACUUAUCAGUUAGGUAUGGGAUUCUAUGAUGCUUUUCCUUCAUCAGAAAACAGUGAGAACUUCCACAGUAUAGCUAGAACCCCCUAAGGGUUCUAUUAUCUUCUAAUACCUUCUAUUUUUGACAAACACUGGGACAGACUGCCUUCUCCGCAGAUUCAAAGAAGAUAAUGAAAAGAGAGCUAAGGCCUGGGAAAGCAAGGGAACGCAUUGGCAGUGGUUUCCAUAGCCCUGUGUCUCAGCAC